AAUCGUUUUUUUUUAUUCUUAUCUAUUUUUUGGUUUGGGGUUUUGUUCAAUUUGCUACGCAAACAUUGGUCCAUUACGAGCCGGAUCCAAAAUCAAUUAAUAAGGAAUUCUCCUCUUCUAUUUUUAAAAAGGUUUGACUACGUCAACUCGCAUCACCCUUCAACAAAUAACCCUCCAUCUUCAAUACAUUUUAAUAAUAACAAAAAGAAUGGAAAAUUUAAACAAGAUGGUAGCCACUUCACUCCCCGACUAUGAGGAUGACGUCCCCAUGUCAGACGAAGAAAGAGAUGUCGAAGACAUUGUGAUGGUCCCACUAACUGAUUUGGAUCCGACACCAUUAGAUGGCACUGGUACAAAAAUUGAAGAUGCCGCUUCUCCGACGGAGGCAGCUCCUACUACUUCCUCUUCCAUGGCAGGGAGGUCUUCCGAGCCAGCCACUCCUCCACGGGAGAUUGCACAGGUUGGUUCUGAUGGACGCUCGUCAGGCAACGACCCAGUGGCGACGCCGAAAUCUACUGCGGGCUCUAAAGGUUCCUCGAAGCUCCGGUGUCGAAAGUGCUAUCAAAGGCACCACUUGCGUCAAUGCAACGCCUUUCAAAGUAUGCCACUAGACCAGCGCAUCAGGACCGUAGUAAGACUGCAGCAUUGUUCAAAUUGCCUGGACUCCGGCCACUCCCUUCGUCACUGCAAGAAGGAUUCUGCUUGCCGAAAUUGCAGGGGCAGACACCACACACUCUUAUGUCCAUCUAACACCCUUCCUUCACAGAGCAAUACACCUCGUCCGUCUGCAAAAAAGUUUAAGCGUCCGUCUGCCUCAAAUUGUCCGUCCGCAUCACUGACUCCUGUGAAUCCUACUCAAAAUUUAGCAAUUCAACCGAUUGUAACUCUGGGUCCAACUAUAAUUGCGCAGUUGGUCCUAAAUUCACGGCGAGUCCCUGUCCGAGCACUUCUGGACCCAUGCGCUGGCAAUAGCCGAAUCUGUAUAUCGCUGGUCCAGUCGUUGCGGUUACAAACCAUCCCCCUAGGUCCCGAUCGCUUUGUACAAUGCACAUUAGCAUCGUCCUACAAUGAUUCCCAAAAGCUGUUGGUGUCUGCCAGGGUCACGGAGUUGAGACACAUAGUUUCACCAUCCGAGUCCGCAUCGGAAGAAAUAGCAAACCAUUAUGAAGGUAUGAUGCUGGCCGAUCCUCAAUUCUUUAAAGCGGCUCGUAUUGUUCUGGGUCACUCGCCAAAGAGCUUGCCCGCGCCAUUAAAAGAAAAUAAAAUCCAGGAACAAUUAACGGAUCAAAAUGACAACGUUCCGGAAACUCAACAACAACUGGCUCAACUGGACAAUCUUUCAAAUAUGCUGGCGAGAAUAGCGACUGCAUUACCAGUUGCACCAGUGCAUGUUGGAAAUCUGCCCAACCAGUUGGAUAAUGACAUCGAAAUGGACCUCAUCGACCUCGAUAAAUAA